AUGGAUGCCGAAUCCCUGCAGUGCAUGUCUGCCAAACCCAUUGUCAUCGUACAUUUCAUCCCCUUUACACAAGUCGUCGUCGGUCUUUCUUCAGCUUCUUGUGUCAAGUUUGCUCAAAAUUCCCGGUUUUGGAAGAUUGAGAAUGGCACAUACUCUGCGGCGCAAUGUCAUAUCAAUACCAUCCUAAUUCGUACGGCAAUAUCGGAACAUGAACUCAAGCGGGCAUCGGAGUUCGCCAGUCCUACGAGUCCUGCGGUAUUUGGCGCCGAGGCCGAGUCGUUGGCGACCAAGAACAUGGGCGAAUCUACCGCAUGCUUUGGUUGCGGUUUGCCCAAAGAUGCGACACCUCACCACCUCGUACUCCUGGCAGACCCCCAAUUAAUUGACCCACAUUCUUAUCCUGGAAGACCAUGGCCGUUGGAUAAAUUCACAAUGAUGCAUACCGACAAUUACAUGAAAAGAAGUUAUAUCUCCUUGCAACAGGAGCUACACCCGGACACGAUAUUCUUCCUAGGGGAUUUAUUUGACGGGGGAAGGGAAUGGAAAACUGCGCAUGGAAAUACAGUUGAUCCGUCAUGGGCGAAUGGAUUGAGACCUUCUGGCGAGAUGAAGUAUGUCGAUACCUGGGGCAAGAGGUACGGAGAAGACUUUUGGCUUCACGAAUAUGAUCGUUUUGGGAGAAUAUUUUACAAGUAUUGGAAUUUGGCUGGAGCUGAGGCGCGGCCUGGACAGAGGGGGCGAAGGAUCAUAUCGAGUUUGCCUGGAAACCAUGAUUUGGGAUUUGGAGCCCAAAUCAAAAUACCAAUACGGAAUCGUUUCGAGGUCUACUUCGGAGAAGGAAAUCGAGUGGAUGUCAUCGCCAAUCACACGUUCGUCUCUAUAGACGCAGUGAGCUUGAGUGCUGGAUCAGAUGAGCAUGGAACAGCUGCAAUAACGCAGCCUGUGGAAGACUUUCUUGCGAAAGUCAAGAUUACGAAAAGGAAGGCUGUUGCAAGCGAAUUGAGCAGACUAGCUGGGAAGGGCGAGAGGGUGUUGCCUCAUAAGCAUGGUGUAGAAGAUUUGGCCAAGACGGACUUUUCGAAGAUGAUGACUCUUGACCCAGGACCUGACGCUCCAGAAUUCCCAACCUUCCUUCUUACGCAUGUUCCUCUUUACAGAGAGCCAGGAAAACCAUGCGGGCCGCAAAGAGAACAUUGGCCUCCAGCGACUCCGCCGAAAGGUGAGACUGGUCCAGUGGUUCCUGAUCACAGGAAUGCUAUUUCUAUUUCUAAGGGAUAUCAGUACCAGAACGUUCUCAGUGAGUCAGAUUCUAUCAAAGUAAUUGCAUCAAUCGGCGACGUGGAGCGGGUAUUCUCUGGGGAUGAUCAUGACUAUUGCGAGAUCGUCCAUCCUGAGAAUAAAAAUAAAGCUAGGGAAAUCACCGUCAAGGCUUUCUCCUGGGCCAUGGGUGUUCGUAAGCCGGGAUUCCUUAUGCUCAGUAUGUGGAAUCCGGUUGAUGCGAAUGGAAAGCCUCUACACUCAUCGCCAUCCGGUCAUGGUUCAAGUAAUCAGAAACCGUUGACCACAGAAACACAUCUCUGUCUUCUUCCCGACCAACUCUCAAUCUUCAUUCGAUAUGGAAUCCUGAUAGGAAUAUCCAUCCUCGCUCUCCUUACCCGCGCUAUUCUCACACCAAUUCUCAACCUACCUCAAUUCUCACCACCACCACAAUUGGAGAGUUACUCCUUACUUCCAACCACCAGACCAAACCGUCGUUACGACACAUCCCCAGAAGAGACAUCUUCAAACUCUUCCACCUCAUCUACUUCAUCGAACACACUUGCACCCCGCACAGCAGCUCGAACGCGUUCCGCGUCCCCAGUUGGUGGGUAUGGGUUACCAUCUCAUCAAGCCACGUUUUCUACCCCGGUUAACGGGUAUGCGAAGGAUGACUAUGACUUCGAGAAUGAAGUGGGUAAGAAGAGGGAUGGAACUGGAUCAAGAAAACCUAGUACACCGCUGGGCAUUGUGUGGAAGGAACUGUGGGUUAUGUUCUGGAGAGUCCUAUGGAUGGUCAUGGUGAUGUAUACGUGGUUGGUCUGGUCGUACCCUACUUGA